AUGUUGCAGGCCUUUCAGACUACAUACAUCCCUGAGCAGCACAUUAGCAUUGACGAGGCCAUGUGUCUAUGGAGGGGUAGGGUGUACAUGAAGGACAAGCCAAUCAAGAGGGGAAUCAAGUUCUACGAGCUGACUGAAAGCAAGUCUGGGUAUUAUACAAGUAUACCUCUUGUUGAGGACCUGGCCUCCUGCAACACUGGCUUCACGGCAACAGUGAUGUGCAACAGAGUGGGCCUGCCAAAGGACUUCAUGAAAAGGAAGUUGGCCAUUGGUGAAGCAGACUUUAGGCGCCACAAGAACAUGAGGGUACUCCGAUGGAGGAACAAGAAGGAAGUCGCUAUCCUUUCCACCAUUCACAGGCCCCAGAUGGCCACUGUAAAGACUCGCACCGGAGACAAGACGAAGUCCACAGCUAUCAUCGAAUACAACAAAAACAUGGGUGGGGUCGAUCACAGUGACCAAAUGAUUGCCUACAAUCCUUUCCAUAGGAAAACUGUGAAGUGGUGGAGGAAGCUUGCCUUCCAUCUUCUUUCUCUCACCAUGGUGCAGUCCCACUGUCUGUACUUAAAAGUCAGAAAAAUGAUUGGUAAGCCAGAUUGA